CGAUACAAACGAGGUAGACAUACCUCCAAAUACCCGUGUAGGAACAAAACGCUAUAUGCCUCCUGAGGUGCUGGAUGAAAGCUUGAAUAGAAAUCACUUUCAGUCGUACAUCAUGGCUGAUAUGUACAGUUUUGGACUCAUCCUUUGGGAGAUAGCAAGGAGAUGUGUUUCAGGAGGAAUAGUUGAGGAAUACCAGCUUCCGUACCACGACCUCGUGCCCAGCGACCCCUCAUACGAGGACAUGCGGGAGAUCGUGUGCAUCAAGAGACUACGCCCUUCGUUUCCCAACAGAUGGAGCAGUGACGAGUGCCUACGGCAGAUGGGGAAGCUGAUGAUGGAGUGCUGGGCUCACAACCCCGCCUCACGGCUCACAGCCCUGCGGGUCAAGAAAACACUUGCCAAAAUGUCAGAGUCGCAGGACAUUAAACUCUGACUCGGCCAGAGGCAGCUCUCGGGAAGGCCCAUGGAAAAGGACUUUCUCGUGCAGGCAGAAGUCCUGAAGAGGUAUUGAAAGUCUUCGCUAAUGAGUAACUUGAAUGCAAUCACGUUUAAGAUCAGCUGUUAAGUUCAUUUGACAGCUUUUGAGGAGAUAAUCCUUCGCAAAAUCAGCUGAAUUUUGACAUACGAGAUUGGAAAGAGGCUUGUCUGCCCUUGUUUACACGGGGAAGUACAGUUUUAGUAACUGGUUUA